CAAAAAGUGCUGUGAAAACCACACAGAAUGUGGAACCUACAGAUCAUGGAUCUCCAUGCUCGGCGCGCUCAGGUAGAUGUUGCUCAUCAGCUUGUUCCUAACGGCUUGUGGCUUCUGUUUGGUAGGCUUCAUACUUCCAUUCUUGCUUCCACUCUGUUUCCUUCAAUCUCCACUCCAGCUCCCGCAAAUUGAACUUUCCUGCUCACCGAGUUGCGGGUUAUUAGCCCACCGCUAACCAGCCCUAUCGUUUGUAGAUUGCAACCCGUAAGUCAAGAUUGAAACCAAGAGUUCGCGUUCUCUUUCGGCUCCUGAUUCCUCCCCCGCGGCUCCUGAUUGCUCUCCCGCGGCUCCUGGUAGCUCUCCCGCGGCUCCUGGUAGCUCUAGCCUCAUGGGUUCCAGCAUCAGCAUGCCGAGAGUACGACAAGGCCCAGACAUCCGUUCGCGAAUGGCGGCUCUCGACGGCGGUUACUCCAACUCCACCUCCUCCUAUUCAUCCUCCCGCCGAAAGCGCAUCUUCGCGUUUGAUUGGAUCACCUCGCGAUCCCCCGGCUUCCGCAAACCCAAGUCCAAGCGUCGUCGGAAAGCAAGCGGCGUUUCAAAGAAGGAUUCUAAGAGGGAUUACCCUAACUACCCGCCGGCUGCGGCGGCAGUGACGCAUAGCUCCUCCCAAGGGGCCUGGCUGAAAGAAAUUCCGCCGGAGAAGAACUGGGCCGAGAAGUUCCAGCUUCGGCAGCAAUCGUACGGCAGCACAGGCUCGGAGAGUCGCGGGACUCCCGAAGCAGUGACGACACGUCAGCAUUCUGCGACGAGAAAUUCCACCGCCAGGGAAGAGCAGUCGACAGGCUACGAACGCGAGGGCGUUAAGAGGCAGGAGGUACUGUCAGUUCUAGUUUCCGCGGGUCCCGCACCCGCAGCCAAUCACAUGUCUCAUGCUGGCCCGCCCUGGGAUUGCCGAGUGUCGCAGGGUCAGGAAUGCGCGUGGGUCGGCUUCUCGUAGCCGUGGAUCAAUGGGAGGGACGGGGCGGGCGAUGUAUUCAGCCAUGUUGUAACCAUAGGGUGUUCUGAGAUCUGGGUGGGGUGGGGACUUGGGAAUAAACGGGCUCCUGGGGUAGGGCUCUGGGGAGGGUAGGGCUCUAAGGGAAAACGAGCUUUUGGUGACUCGUCCAAUAGGUGCUCGGGGCACGUUCCGAGGAACAGAAUAACGCGUACUCUUUGGGAUUUGCGGGAGGAGGGAAGGUGCUGCUGAGAGGCUCUGUGGUCGUUUUUGAGGCGCCUCAAACUGAGGCACAGGAUAACGUGUACUCUUUGGUUGGGACGUGAGGACGGAGAGAAGCUGCUGCUGAGACGCUUUCUUGAGCUUGCAGGGGGAUCAGAGUGGUGGCUCGCUUUGUAGAAGGGUUCAUUCAGGCUUCGCUUGACCAGGCUUGGGUUUCUCCUGC